CCUGCAUCCGUCCAACCUAAAGUCCCGCCGUGUGUACUUCUUGCACUUUACACUACCACCCCGAUCUGCACCUGUACUAUUCUUCACUUGUUCUUCUACACGAACUACCUCCACGAUUAUCAACAUGAAAUUCGCUGUGAUUCUUUUUGUGGCAUCCUUCGUGGUGAUAGCGAAAGGUCAAUAUCAAUUCGGCAGCUUUGACCUGUCAGAUUAUCCAGGAUUCGGGGGAGGUCUCGACGCAUCGUAUACUGCCACAAGAGAUCCCAGGCAGAACACAGGACCCGUUGUGUUCCCCGCAGCUCCACCAGACAACGGUGAAACCAGUGGUGUAGUGGUCGGUGCCUCAGGGUUCGGUUUUGUUCCUCCAAAUAGUCCUAGAUCAGGACGUCAAAGAAGUUUUUAGGUUCAAUACUUUAGUUAAAGGAUUCAGGGUGCAAUCAUAUCAUUCAUUUUUUUAAACUUGGACGAGGAUUAGUAUUAUAUAAAUAAUGUGGCAAAAGUAUUUAAAAAAGUAAUUUUGUAUAAAAAAUGUAAAUAACUAUUCACCUCGUACAGCCAAAUGUUCGGUCACGUGGUUUUUAAUUAAGUUAGAUUUAAGUAUUUAAAGUAUUUU